CGAUGGCGGCGGCGGGGCGGCGCGGGGGCGGCUGCCUGCUGCUGGGCGCCGCGGGCGUCGGCAAGAGCCUGCUGGGGAAGCGGCUCCGCCAGCUGAGCUCCCGGGACGGGGCCAAGGAGCUGGGCGAGCCCCCGGCCACGCUGCCCACGGUGGGCACCAACCUGACGGAGCUGCCGCUGCCGCCGAAGGUGACGGUGCGGGAGCUGGGCGGCUGCAUGGGCCCCAUCUGGCCCAGCUACUACGGGGAGUGCGGCGCCGUGAUGUUCGUGGUCGACGCCGCCAACCCCACCCAGGUGUCCUCGUCCUGCGUCCAGCUGCUGGCCCUGCUGUCCGCCGAGCAGCUCGCCGCCGUGCCCGUGCUGGUCCUCUUCAACAAGAUUGACCUGCCCUGCUACAUGUCGCUGGUGGAGAUGAAGUCGCUGUUCCGCAUGCAAGACAUCGUCUCCUGCGCUACGCAGCCCAUCACGAUUCUGGAGGCCAGCGCGCGCGACGGCACCGGGCUGGCUGACGUCCUGCAGUGGCUGAAGGACACCUUCAGGGACCCCAGCUGAGCUGCCCUGCCCUGCCCCGCGCGGGGCUUAGGCAGUGCCCCGGGCUGGUGGCAGGGGGCAGCUCUUUAGGACUUCACAGUAAAACUGUGAAACUUCCACCUCCUUGUCCGGAGUUCCCUGUGCUGGGUGGAAAGCCUGGCCUCUCAGGGAGGGGGUGAGCAGGAGUCUCAGGCCGUGCUCCUGCAGCAAGCCGUCCUUAGCCACGUCUGCAGCAGAGCUCUGCCUCUGAGCUCUCCUGCCUGGAGCCCUGCGGCACUUCUGCGGGGCUGCCUCGAGGCCUGCUCUUCUUUCGGACGCCAGGGCAAGCUGCCCCUUCCUCCUGCCUGCUCCAGGCUUUGAGCCCCUGUGAGCAAAGCCCGGCCGAGGGCGUGCUGCGUGCGCAGGCCCUGCUGGCCGCUUGUGUCACGAAGAUGCAGCUCCUGUGCCCGAGAGCCGAACAGUCUGGAUCUACACAAAGAUUAAAAGCAGAGCCCUGUGCUGCUGAGUCUAGCAAGGAACAAACGGAUUCCCCAUCACUGCGCAGUUUGCAGACAUGGAGCUGGGCUGCCUCGUGCCAUUCAGAGGCUGCACUUUUGCCUCUUCUGUGCCCUGUCCAGACGCUGCUGCUGUGAGCAUGUAGCCUGGUUUUGGAAGCAACAUAAAGGCAGGGUGAGAAGGCUUUCCUGCCCUGCUGCUGGGGCUGUGCUGGUGCCUUCUGCAAGAGCAGCUGUAGUGCUUCGGUCAGUGGGGCUGGGAGCCUGGGCUGGGGCUGCAUGCGUGCAGCGCUCCUGACUGCUGUGGCCCCGCGUGCCUUGCACCAGACAGAGCGCAGCAAGGUGUCCCGGGGAAGCCUGUGCAAAGGUGGGGGUCUGCGGGAGUUCAUGGGUGGGGGCAGGCGGAGCUGCAAGGGUGCUGCAGUCAGGGGUGUCUUAUGAGCUGCAGCAAGCACCGGCCUGUGGCUACCUCUCCAGCACUCACCUGGGUUCAGAAGAAUUGAAGAGGAAGGUAAGAAGAAAAAUUAUUUUCCUGAAGCAACUGGUAAAGGUGAUUUCUAAAACUGUUUUCUAUGAUGUCUGUAAAUUCUUGUUCAAUGGCCUGGUAGGUGUUUGGCUGGGGGGGAGUGUGUGUCGAGACAACCUUCUCCUGCAGCCCUGGGAUGCCCUGCAGCAGUUUGCUCAGGCUCUCGUUCUCGGCACAGUUACCGUAUAGCCACUGGGAAUUUUCCCCGGUGCUGUCUGCAGGUGGCUGGAAGUCGACGUGGAACAUCUCCCUGCAUUUCAUGCAGGGCUGCUUUUCCAUGAAGGCUCCGUGACUGUAGUAGAAGGCCCGGCACUGUACCCCAUCAGGGAAGACGAUGGCCAGAUUGUGCUCCCCGUGGUGCACCGCGAAUGCCACCGCCUUGUGCCACGUCUUUAUGCACAGGACGUCAAUCAUGAUCUUCCUCUCCAGCAGCCCGCUGCAGGACAGGGAUGCUCCAUAAAAGAGAGGAGGGGCUGCUCCAUCCUCGGGGUCUCUGUAGAUGCUGAAGGCAACAAUUGCAGCUCUGAAGGUGAACUCACUGGGCUUCAUGUUGGCUUCUCGCUCCAAUUCUUCUUGCAGAGUGUUGUUAAAGUCACGCAAGAAAGACUCCAUUUGCUCUUGGGUGCUGCAGCCUGCUACUUCAGAGCCCUGGGAAUAGACACAGCUCUUGGUACAGACCCCUCCCUGUCUCUUUCAUUCCCCAGGAAAUGAUACUCUGCAAGAGAAGGGGAUGAGCGUGCGGUUGAAAGACAAACUCAGAAAUUGUCCUCCGUUCCCCUGAGUCCGUUCAGCAGCAGCUGGUCAGUACAGCUCGUGGUGACUUGGAAAGCCUGAGAGAGAAACUUCUACAAGAAGGGUUCUGACUUAACAAAAUGGGGGACGUUUAGAGAAACAGUAAGGAUGUUGGGUUGGCUUUGGGCGUGAGAGCACGUCUGCUUGUCUGUUGAAGUGCUGUCUAGUGGCAGCCUGCCUUUGGAGCAGGAUUGGUACCACUGGAAAAAGAGAUUGUCGUAAAGGCUAAAUGCUGGUG